ACGGCCAAGUUCCCGGAUGACCUCAUGACGCAGGAACCGUUCUCGGGGUUGUCAUGGAAACUGCCAAUCAAUUUUACGUUUCUUAGGGCGAAGCGAAAGUGAAGGUACGUGCGCGAUAUUACACACACUGUAAAUAUAAUAAAGCUCGUUUGACCAGAUAUUACUGUAAACACACUUUUUGUGCUUUCAUACAUCGUCGUGUUUCUGUUUUUCUACUCAGGGCGCAGGAUUAGUUCUGGUGAACGUAGUAAAGUUUGUAGUUUUUAUGCAAAGCAACGAAGGUUUUGCUAAUAAUAUAAUGAUUAUAAGUACGUUUACACAACAAUAAAACUCUAUAUAUAUCUAAAGAGGUUUAAUAACGGUUAACUCGGACACGCCUCUCCCGGCAACGUCAGAGAUCAUAUGACAGCGACGCGGAAGAGAAUGCGCGGAUUGAGAAGAUGAGCGUUUCACUGGAUAUCAGGCUGAAACGGGCGAAUAAAGUGUAUCAUGAAGGGGAGCGGCUGAGCGGAGUUCUGGUCAUCAGCACCAGAGACGCGCUGCAGCAUCAGGGAGUUUCUCUCAGUCUGGAGGGGCUCGUGAACCUGCAGCUCAGCUCGAAGAGUGUGGGGGUGUUCGAGGCCUUCUACAACUCUGUCAAGCCUAUUCAGCUGGUGUCCAGCAACAUGGAGGUGGUGAAACCAGGAAAAGUCCCGGCGGGAAAAACUGAGAUCCCGUUUGAGUUUCCGCUGCAGGCCAAAGGCAGCAAGGUCCUGUACGAGACGUACCAUGGCGUGUUCGUCAACAUACAGUACACACUCCGCUGCGACAUGAGACGCCCGCUGCUUGCUAAAGACCUCAGCAAGAGCUGUGAAUUCAUGCUGCACUCCCAGCCGCAGAAGCCCAAGCUCUCGCCGAGCCCAGUGGAGUUCAACAUCACUCCAGAGACGCUGCAGAACGUCAAAGAGAGGACCUCGUUACCCAAGUUCCUGAUCAAAGGUCACCUGGAUGCCACCAACUGUGCGAUCACACGACCUCUGACCGGCGAACUGGUGGUGGAAAGGUCAGAGGUCGCCAUCAAGAGUAUCGAGCUGCAGCUAGUCCGUGUGGAGACCUGCGGCUGUGCGGAGGGUUACGCUAGAGACGCCACAGAGAUCCAGAAUAUCCAGAUAGCUGAAGGCGACGUCUGUCACGGUCUCUCCAUCCCCAUAUAUAUGGUGUUUCCUCGGCUCUUCACCUGCCCCACACUCGAAACCACCAACUUUAAAGUCGAAUUUGAGGUGAACAUUGUGAUUGUUCUUCACGACGAUCAUUUGAUAACGGAAAACUUCCCCCUGAAGCUGGUCAGAGUUUGAGUAACACACACCUGAGGCCGUCGGAGCCGACACAAGAAGCUUUUCUCUUUACCAUCAAUGAAAAUAUGCUCUUCUCACAGUCAAUCACAUUAAAAUACUUUUUUGAUCAUGA